AUGUCAUUGCUGUGUGUUGGAGUGAAGAAAGCCAAGCUUGAUGGACCCCAAGAGAAAUUUAACACUUACGUGACCCUGAAGGUGCAGAAUGUUAAGAGCACAACUAUCGCUGUGCGUGGCAGCCAGCCGUGCUGGGAGCAGGACUUUAUGUUUGAAAUAAACCGUUUGGAUCUUGGCCUGACUGUGGAAGUGUGGAAUAAAGGGCUGAUCUGGGACACCAUGGUGGGCACCUUAUGGAUUCCCCUGCGCAGCAUACGGCAGUCCAAUGAGGACGGUCCGGGUCAGUGGUUGACCCUGGACUCAAAUGUAAUCAUGGCUGAGAAUGAGAUCUGUGGAACCAAAGACCCAACCUUUCACAGGCUGCUGCUUGACACCCGCUUUGAACUACCCCUAGACAUCCCAGAGGAAGAGGCGAGAUACUGGGCCAAGAAACUUGAACAAAUAAAUGCAAUGAGAGACCAAGAUUAUGCCUACCAAGAAGAACAGGAGCGACCACUCCAUGCACCAUCCACGCAGUGCUGUAAUUGGAGCCUGUGGGGAGAUCAGCAAAACGAGGACCCAGACAGCGCGGUGGAUGACAGGGACAGUGACUACCGCAGUGAGACCAGUAACAGCAUCCCACCUCCCUACUACACCACCUCCCAGCCCAACGCUUCCAUGCACCAGUAUCCCAUGAGGAAUCAUCACUACAGCCACUCCUACAACAAUGAGAUACACGAGCUGGACUAUGACCACAGAGCCAUGAGACGCUAUGAUAGUUUAGACUCGGCCACCAACGGGCGCAGCGAUAUCGACUCAGGCUCAGGGUCGAGCCGGCGCACCAGUCGUCAGUAUUCUCUAGACAGUAGGCAUUCACUGUCCGAUAGCCCCACAGACAGUCGUUAUGCCUCUUCAGGCGAAUUGAGUCGAGGCAGCUCUCAACUCAGUGAGGAGUUUGUUCCUGAGGAAGGCGGGAGCUUGCGAGGUUCAGAGUUCUACGAUGAAAACGACUCCUACCACUCCUGCCACUCCUCCGUCAGCUACAGCAAAGAAGGUUCCCCAGUCUGGGAUGGUGAAGAUCCGCAAGCUGUCUACAGCGAUGAGGGAGGCUACCUCAAAGAUGGAGGGGAAGAUAGGGCACUGUAUAAUGAAGAGGAGGGAGACAUGUACGCGGAGGAAGGAGAGUACAACUACGAAGAUGAGGAGGAUAUGCCAUAUGAAGAAGAUGAAGAUAUGUACCCACUGGACGGCACUCUCACUGAAGACCAGGAGCCGCCCUACACCCCCACAACCACAAGCACUGCCCCCACCCUGAUGCCUCCCUCUGACAGUCUGACCUCCAGCAGGCCACCGCUGGAGAAGCAGGCAUCGCUGCAUCAGCAGCGGCCAGCCCAUGAUCAGCUCCAGCCCCCCAGCACGGCACCUGGUCUACCUCCAGUCAUUCAGGACGACACUGCGUUUCCCCCUUUUGGUGCAGAACCCACCAAACCUCCCAUUGCACUCACCCAGCCAGAUCUGUCUACCACCAUUACAUCCACCCCCACAACUACAUCACAGGUUCUAGCUCCAGAUAUCAAGCCCCCGGAGCCUGAGCCAAUACCUGAGGUCACAACAGAGGAACCCCGACCACCUGAGGAGCCUUCGGCAGCAGAGAGCAUCCCACCAGUUCCUGAAGACAAACCAGAAGAGCCUCCUGUUCCAAGAGCUAAAGCCAACUGGCUUCGACUUUUCAGCAGAGUACGACUACAGCUGCAAGAGGCGCGAGGAGAGAGUGUUGGCAUCGCCUCUCUACUUUUAUCAGCAGGGAUGGGUGGUGCUCUUUAUAGCAUUGACAGCAUGCCAGACCUCAGGAAGAGGAAAGCUAUGCCUCUGGUCAGAGAUCUGGCUAUGUCCUUGGUUCAGAACUCCAGGAAGGCUGGCAUCACCUCGGCCCUGACAUCCAGCACCCUGCAUAAUGAAGAACUGAAGAGUCACGUCUACAAGAAGACCCUCCAGGCCCUAAUUUAUCCUAUUUCCUGCACCACACCGCACAAUUUUGAGGUGUGGACAGCCACCACCCCCACGUACUGCUACGAGUGUGAGGGACUGCUGUGGGGCAUUGCUCGUCAGGGCAUGCGCUGCACUGAGUGUGGAGUGAAAUGCCACGAGAAGUGCCAGGAUCUACUCAAUGCUGACUGUCUGCAAAGAGCAGCAGAGAAGAGCUCCAAACACGGCGCGGAGGACCGAACCCAGAACAUCAUUAUGGUUCUUAAAGACCGCAUGAAGAUCCGCGAGAGGAAUAAGCCUGAGAUCUUCGAACUUAUUCAGGAAGUGUUCACUGUCGUCAAGUCCACUCACGUCACCCACAUGAAGCAGAUCAAGCAGAGCGUGCUCGAUGGCACCUCUAAGUGGUCAGCAAAGAUCAGCAUCACAGUGUUGUGUGCCCAGGGUUUACAAGCCAAGGAUAAAACCGGCUCCAGUGAUCCGUAUGUCACCGUCCAGGUGGGAAAAACAAAAAAGAGGACCAAAACCAUCUAUGGCAACCUCAACCCUGUGUGGGAAGAGACAUUCAACUUUGAAUGUCACAACUCGUCAGACCGCAUCAAGGUCCGAGUGUGGGAUGAGGACGAUGACAUCAAAUCUCGUGUGAAACAGAAGUUCAAACGGGAGUCAGACGACUUUCUCGGUCAAACUAUCAUCGAGGUCCGCACUCUGAGUGGAGAAAUGGAUGUGUGGUACAAUCUGGACAAGCGUACAGACAAAUCAGCUGUUUCCGGAGCGAUCCGCAUGCACAUAAAUGUAGAGAUCAAGGGAGAGGAGACAGUCGCCCCGUAUCACGUUCAGUACACCUGUUUGCAUGAAAACCUUUUCCACUAUGUGACAGAUAUUCAGAAUAACGGUGUGGUGAAGAUCCCUGAUGCCAAAGGGGAUGAUGCUUGGAAAGUGUACUUUGAAGAGACUCCACAAGAGAUUGUUGAUGAGUUUGCCAUGCGUUAUGGAGUGGAGUCCAUCUAUCAAGCCAUGACUCAUUUUGCCUGCCUGUCGUCGAAGUAUAUGUGCCCAGGUGUGCCUGCAGUGAUGAGUACCCUGCUGGCCAACAUCAAUGCCUACUACGCUCACACCACCCAAGCAACUAACAACGUCUCUGCCUCUGACCGCUUUGCUGCUUCUAACUUUGGGAAAGAACGAUUUGUGAAGCUUCUAGACCAGCUGCACAACUCUCUGAGGAUUGAUCUUUCCAUGUACAGGAACAAUUUCCCAGCCAGCAGCCCUGAGAGGCUGCAGGACCUCAAGUCCACAGUGGACCUCCUCACCAGUAUCACCUUCUUCAGAAUGAAGGUCCAAGAGCUUCAGUCUCCACCCAGAGCCAGUCAGGUAGUGAAGGAUUGUGUCAAAGCCUGUCUCAACUCCACCUACGAGUACAUCUUUAAUAAUUGUCAUGAGCUGUACAGCCGCGAGUAUCAGACAGACCCGGCCAAACAGGGUGCAGUGCCUCCAGAGGAGCAGGGACCGAGCAUUAAGAAUCUGGACUAUUGGUCCAAACUCAUUACACUUAUUGUCUCCAUCAUUGAGGAGGACAAGAACUCUUACACCCCUUGCCUAAACCAAUUUCCCCAGGAACUCAAUGUGGGUAAAAUCAGUGCUGAAGUGAUGUGGAACCUGUUUGCUCAGGAUAUGAAGUAUGCAAUGGAGGAACAUGAAAAAAAUCGCUUGUGCAAGAGCGCAGAUUACAUGAACCUGCACUUCAAGGUAAAGUGGCUGUACAACGAGUACUGCAAAGACCUGCCUUUCUUCAAGAGCAGAGUGCCUGAAUAUCCGGCGUGGUUUGAGCCAUUUGUCAUCCAGUGGCUGGACGAGAAUGAAGAAGUCUCUCGGGACUUUCUGCAUGGUGCUUUGGAGAGAGACAAGAAAGAUGGGUUCCAGGUCACAUCAGAACAUGCUCUGUUUUCCUGUUCGGUGGUGGACGUGUUUUCUCAGCUCAAUCAGAGCUUUGAGAUCAUCAGGAAGCUGGAGUGUCCAGAUCCACAGAUUGUAGGACACUAUAUGAAACGAUUCGCUAAGACCAUCAGCAAUGUACUUCUGUCAUAUGCUGAUAUCAUCUCCAAGUGUUUUGCCAACUAUGUCACCAUGGAGAAAGUGGUGAGUGUCCAAAGACAUGAUGAACCAGUGUGGCCCUGCAUCCUGAUCAACAACAUCCAACAGCUGAGAGUUCAGCUUGAGAAGAUGUUUGAAGCAAUGGGUGGAAAAGAUCUGUGUAUAGAGGCCAGCGACAUCCUGAAAGACUUGCAGGUUAAACUCAAUAAUGUCAUGGAUGAUCUCAGCAGGGUCUUUGCUGUCAGUUUCCAGCCUCACAUUGAGGAGAACGUGAAGCAGAUGGGAGAUAUCUUGGCUCAGGUGAAAGGAACCUCAAAUGUGGGCAACGCCAGCAGUGUGGCCCAGGAUGCUGACAACGUCCUGCAACCUAUCAUGGAGUUCCUGGACAGCAACCUGUCUUUAUUUGCUAAGAUCUGUGAGAAGACUGUGCUGAAACGUGUGUUGAAGGAAUUGUGGAAGCUGGUUAUGAACACCAUGGAGAAGACCAUCGUGCUGCCGCCACUCACAGACCAAACGAUGAUUGGGAGGCUGAAGAGUGCUUCUCACAGUGAUGGCACUCAGCUCAUCUUUAAUGCUGCCAAGGAGCUGGGACAGCUGUCCAAACUGAAGGAGCACAUGGUUCGUGAGGAGGCCAAAGCGCUCACACCUAAGCAGUGUGCUGUGAUCGAGCUGGCCCUGGAUACCAUCAAGCAAUAUUUCCAUGCUGGUGGUGUGGGUUUGAAGAAGACUUUCCUGGAAAAGAGUCCUGAUCUCCAGUCUCUGCACUAUGCCCUGUCCCUCUACACGCAGGCUACAGACAAACUCAUUAAGACCUUUGUCCAGUCACAGAACGCACAAGUGUUCGGCGGGAAGGGGAUUAGGUUCACCACUAGUGAGGAUGUUUACCCAGACAAGGGCUCUGGGGUGGACGAUGCUGUAGGAGAGGUGUCCAUCCAUGUGGAGAUUUUCACUCACCCCAACACUGGAGAGCACAAAGUCACAGUGAAAGUGGUGGCUGCCAACGACCUGAGGUGGCAGACGCAGGGAAUAUUCCGGCCAUUUGUGGAGGUCUAUAUCAUCGGGCCUCAUCUCAGUGACAAGAAGAGGAAGUACGCCACCAAGUCGAAGAACAACAGCUGGGCUCCCAAAUACAAUGAAACCUUCACUUUCACCCUGAGCAACGAGGUGGGUCCUGAGUGCUACGAGCUGCAGGUGUGUGUCAAGGACUACUGCUUCGCCCGGGAGGACCGCACCGUGGGCAUGGCUGUCCUGCAGCUGAAGGACAUGGCCUCCAAAGGCAGCGUAGCCUGCUGGCUGCCGCUGGGCAAACGCAUCCACAUGGACGAGACAGGCCUCACUGUGCUGCGCAUCCUCUCCCAGCGCAACAAUGACGAUGUGGCCAAGGAAUUUGUCAAGCUCAAGUCCGACCAGCGCUCCGCAGAGGAGGGCCGCAGCUAA